AUUUACCACUAUCUCCGAGGGAGAAUGAGAUGUGGCCGGCGAAACAGGGGCUAUGGCAAUGAGAUCUCCUCCCACCACAGCAGCUGUGGGGGCUUCCCAAGCAUCGAGGGACAUGGCUCCUUCUUCUGUGGUGGGGAAGGCUCAGUCGUGUACAGCCGGGGAGCUUCAUCCUUGGAACCCAGGCCAACAUCAUCCACCUACAGCGUAUCAGGGGGGUACAGAUCUAGUGGUGAUGGAUCCAUUGUAAUCUCCAGCAGUGACAGCAGGGGGACAUCUGGCUGGGGCAUUGCAAGGGGGACAGUAUCUGUCUAUGGUGGUGGGCGAGGAACAGGGUACAGCAGUGAGGACUCAUGCCGGAACAUCAUUGGCUCAGGGGGUGGUGGAGGAUCUGGCCGCCACUGUGAUAGAUUGGGCAUCACUGCGGGAGAAGGUUCUGGAUACGGAUACGAUUCAUCACCGAGAUGUAUCCCAGGGGCAGGUGGUGGAUCGGGGCACUAUAGCGUGGGAUCAGGCUAUGGCAUGGGGGAAUACUCAUGCCCAGAGUUCAGCUCUGGAGGUUCUGAGUUCUCCCAGGUCGUGCAGCAGAAAUGCCCCGUGGUGAUUCCCAGCAUUGAGGCCCAGCAAAGCAAGCAGAGCAACCACUGGCCCCCCAGCCAGAAGAAGUGA